GAGAUCCAAACUGGCUGUUUAUGUAAUUCCUCGCUCCCCAGCUUAAGGCGUUACUUGCAAACCACCUUCCUCCCCCGAGCACGCACCUCGCUCGGCUGCGCCUUCCGUAGUCGCGCUCCAUAGGCUGCCUUGACCGGCCCUUGGGUUUUCGGCUUUGGAAAGUGUUGGUAGUUUUAGGGGGGCAGCCGGGGAUUCUUUUCCCUUUGUCACCACCAUAUAGCUCCAUAUGGAAAAUGGAACAGACCAUUCACACCAACUUGUUUGUUGUUGUUGUUUUUAAAUGCCCUUUUUAAUCAACCUUGGUGUACAUAUAUCCUUUGCAAAUAUCUUCUGUUCGCCCUUGGUCUUUUCUUAUCCCCGCCCAGUGCUGAUCCAGCAAACGUUUAAAGGUCGACCUUUGCCUGUGUGCCUCUGCCCCUCCGCUUUUUUAUCUGGAGAGGGAGGGAGGUGGCUUUUAAAAUCCGACUUAGACUGAGCACUCCUGCCCUUUAAACAGAAUAAUCAAUAAGUGUUGCUUUUGUGACAGGAGGCAUUUAAGAACUGGAAAAACACACGGUGACAGGAAGAGAAGCCCAGGAGCACAGCGUGUGUGUCCCCUUAGGGCCCACGGGAGCACGACCGCUUGAGGUGAAGGAGAAUCUUCUCAUACCAGCACUUUGAAUGAAAAUCUGUUUCUCUGCCACAGCCUGAACACUCUCCAUUUGUUUGUUUCCUUGUGGAGGAGUCGAAACACACCUAACUUUGUGGCAUAGCAGCUAUGCAGCUUGAAAUCCAAGUAGCACUAAAUUUUAUUAUUUCCUAUUUGUACAAUAAGCUUCCUAGGAGACGUGUCAACAUUUUUGGUGAAGAACUCGAAAGACUUCUUAAGAAGAAAUAUGAAGGGCACUGGUAUCCUGAAAAGCCAUACAAAGGAUCAGGGUUUCGAUGCAUCCAUGUCGGGGAGAAGGUGGACCCAGUGAUUGAGCAAGCGUCCAAGGAGAGCGGCUUGGACAUCGACGAUGUGCGUGGUAACCUGCCCCAGGACCUGAGCGUCUGGAUCGACCCGUUCGAGGUCUCCUACCAGAUCGGUGAGAAGGGGCCGGUAAAAGUGCUCUAUGUGGACGACAGUACAGAAAACGGAUGUGAGCUGGAUAAGGAGAUCAAGAACAGCUUUAACCCAGAGGCACAGGUCUUCAUGCCCAUCAGCGACCCGGCCUCAUCCGUGUCCAGCUCUCCAUCGCCUCCCUUUGGUCACUCUGCUGCUGUGAGCCCCACCUUCAUGCCCCGUUCCACCCAGCCUUUAACCUUCACCACUGCCACCUUUGCAGCCACUAAGUUCGGCUCCACCAAAAUGAAGAACAGCGGCCGGGGCAACAAGGGGGCGCGCACGUCCCCCACCCACCUGGGCCUGAACGUGAGCGACCUCCUGAAGCAGAAAGCCAUCUCCUCCUCCAUGCACUCUCUGUACGGGCUGGGCCUGGGGAGCCCGCAGCAGCCCCAGUCUCAGCCCCAGCAACUGCAGCAGCCGCCGCAGCCCCAGCAGCAGCAGCAGCAACAGCAGCAGCAGCCACCGUCCCAGCCACCACCCCCACCGCCACCCCCACAGCAGCCCCAGCAGCAGAAAACCUCCGCACUGUCCCCCAAUGCCAAGGAAUUCAUCUUCCCCAACAUGCAGGGUCAAGGUAGCGGCACCAAUGGAAUGUUCCCAGGUGACAGCCCCUGUAGCCUCAGUCCUCUCCAGUACAGCAAUGCCUUUGAUGUGUUUGCGGCCUACGGAGGCCUCAACGAGAAGUCUUUUGUCGAUGGCUUGAAUUUUAGCUUAAAUAACAUGCAGUAUUCUAACCAGCAAUUCCAGCCUGUCAUGGCUAACUAAAGAGAAAACCUGAGAAAAGCACCGGAGGAGCUCAAAUGAGGGCCCAAGGGGGAGUUUUUUUUUUUUUUUUUUUUUUUUUUUUCCCCCUUGGAAACCUCCUUGAGAUUUCUUUUUUCCUUUUAAGCUUGUAGUAAGGAUACAUUCAGGCUUGGUUACAAAAAUAAAACGUGUCAUUUUUCAUUUGCCAACCAAGCACAAAGUUAUUUUAUACUGACUGUGUGUUUUAAAGUAUCCGCUCAGAUAUGGCCUCUUACAGUAUUUAAGAUAGAGCAAGGACAUGGCUGAUUUUUUUUUUUUUUUUAUAAAAAAUUGGCACUAAUAAGUGGGUUUAUUGGUCUUUUCUAAUUGUAUAAUUUAAUUUAGUACAAAGUUUGUAAAAUAUCAGAGGAUAUAUAUAUUGUUUCUACGACAUGGUAUUGCAUUUAUAUCUUUUUACUACGGUGAUCUGUGAGAGCAGCAGCUUCAUGUUGUAUUUUUUUUACUGAAAUUGUAAAAUAUCCAUCUUAAAGACAUCAGCUAUUCUCAAAAUUGUGUACAGGAUAUUCCUUUCGUGGUGGAAUUAAAAUGUACGAAUAUUUGCUUUUUCAAAAAAAAUGUAUUUUCUGUUAAAGGUUUAAAGAUUUUUGCUAUAUAUUAUGGAAGAAAAUGUAAUCGUAAAUAUUAAUUUUGUACCUAUAUUGUGCAAUACUUGAAAAAAACGGUAUAAAAGUAUUUUGAGUCAGUGUCUUACAUGUUAAGAGGGACUGAAAUAGUUUAUAUUAAGUUUGUAUUAAAAUUCUUAAAAAUUAAAA